CCUCUCUUCAUAUUCGUGCUCAAGACGUCCACUUCCUUUCUCUAAUUAUGGAGGGUCUUGUAUCAAGACUUCGCCUCGCACAACAGAUUAAAACCAUCGACAGAGCGCAGUCAGAGGCGUCAAAGGUGCCAUUUCUUGACAACAAAUGGAUGGACGGCCCUCCUAGUUGUUCUGAGGCAGACUUCAAGACGCCGCGUCUCCGGCAAUGCGCCUUUGAUAUAGCCACCAUUAACUGGAAAUCCUCUGCCUGCAUUGACGGUGGACUUGACGGAUACCUUUGGAAGGUCUGGUUUGGAGAGGACGGCCCCUACGUCCUAAAGGUGUUCUGGGACGCCGAGCCGCCCGAUUUCAGGCACUAUUAUGCUGUCCAACGAGAAUGCCAGAAUUCUGCGCUUCUCCAGAUGAUAGAGGCGGCAGUGCAUCAGGCUGCCAUAGAAUCUACUCCGAUCCUGGUGAAUGGCAACCCAAAGACUAAGGAUGAUGCUAUGGCCAAUGUCUGCGCCUUCUCCCACGAAGGCCGCCAAAGGCAGUCAUCUGCCGGAAGCUCUGGGGUCACAGCAAUAUCGUCAAUUCCACGCAUGAGGAAGUGCUAUGGCUGGCUAAGGUUUAGCGGCCAGAUCUUCCUUAAGAUGCCUGCAAGACUGAGGGCACCGACUCUCCAUAUUGACAAGGUUAAGCGCACCAUGUCAGCCGACCGAGAAUAUAUUGCUAUUGUCUACGAAUAUGUCGAGGAAGUGGAAAACGACCCAGCUGUUGUGGAGGAAGUGGCUGCCUUUUUUUGGCUUGCUGGUUUUAGUCACACAAUCUCCCCUGCUGCAAGAAAUUGGAAGAGCGGAGUCUUGGUGGAUCUCUCAGACAUUGUUCAUCCUGGCGGUUAUGGAUGGCAUCCAAAACUCUAUGGACCGAGAAAGGCAAACAGGCUACUGAUACCAUAACUAACCUCCUGGGCAUAUGGAACGGCUGGGGGUUCAUCCUAGGCACAGGACUGAGCAGCCUCGGGGCCCUGGGGUUCAGCAUGGAGAAACAGACAUGGGUAACUUCCACAGCCAGCUUGUUUCAUAGCGUGUUCUCAAAAACAUCUCUCAGUUCCGAAGCGCAGCAUUUCGUCCCACUAACAAGGAGA